AUGUCACUUGCUCCAAAAAUCGAUGAAGUAAUAGAAUUCGUUUUGCGCAAAGAAGCCGACCUUGUUUUUAUUACCGAAACUUGGUUAAAAGAAAGCGUGUCCGACGGGGUCAUUAAUAUUCCUGACUUUAGUGUGGUACACCGUGAUUUGAUGGAACAGAUGCAUGGUAGAGUGUGCGCGUAUAUCAAAGAUGGCUGUAGAUUCCAACAUCUAAAAGAGCUGAACUGCUGUGAAGAUCAUGAGAGUUUGUGGCUGCAUUUAAGACCUAAUCGCCUUCCUCGAGGUUUCCACUGUAUUAUUGCCGCUGCAAUAUAUCACCCACCCAGCGCAGACGACCAGUCACUGUGGGAGCAUCUGUUCCAGUCCCUCGCGCUCGUGGAGUCAAAGUUCCCCAACUCUGGCAUACUGCUUACUGGCGAUUUCAACCGUCUGGACGUAAGCGGCCUGCUAAGACACUUUCGCCUGAAGCAAAUUGUUAAGGUGCCAACGCGGAAAGAUGCAACCUUGGAUUUGAUUCUUACUAACAUGCACGAUCAUUACGCCGCGCCACAGGCCUUUCCACCUUUUGGUCUGUCGGACCACAACACGGUGCUAGCUGCUGCAAUAGACAAGAAACAAAACAACAACCGCAAGAAAGCGGGACCUGCGCACCAGUUCCUAGGCCGCACUCGGAAGAUAUCUGAUCAGCAUUGA